AUGAUUCGAUUAAUAACGACGUUUAGACGACGUUCUGAUUUUAAUUCUACGAUGUAUAGUUUUCAAUUUGUCUUGUUAUAUGGAAUAGUGAUAAUAGCGAUCUGUUCAGUUUUGCUGUCGAAAACAUGGAUUUCAUUUGUUCCUUUGCCAAUACCACCAUCAUUAGCAUUACUGGCCGCAAUAUACAUUUUUUACGAUUUAAGUUGGAAACGGCGAUUUCUUCCACCGGGGCCAGCUCCAUGGCUAUUUUUCGGCAAUAUUCUCCAUUUCAUGUUUUAUAAAUCCAUAGAUGAUAUGUUCCUUACAUGGAAGCGGAAGUACGGUAACCUGGUCACAUUUUGGAUCGGACCGAUACCUUUGGUAAUGGUUACGGACGUGGAGACAAUGCACGAAUACUUUGUACGUAAUGCUGAGAUAUUCAGUAAUCGGUGGCGUAAUUAUGCAACUGACUUCUUUAUGGGUGGCGCAAAUGGUAUAAUUCAAAUUGACGGUAAUAAAUGGAAACAGCAACGACGCUUUGUGCUUCGAGUAUUACGUGAUUUCGGAGUUGGUAGGAUACUGAUAGAACAGCAAAUCAUGAAGGAAGUUGAGUUUUUCAUCGAUUAUCUAGAACCGAAAUGUACCGGACAAGAGAUGGAUAUAUGUGCAAUGCAUGCCGUUUGUGUGGGCAAUAUCAUCAAUAAUAUAUUGUUUGGUUAUCGUUUUCCACAGGGAAGUGUGGAAUUCAGUUUUUUGCAUUCGUUACUAGAUUCCCAAUCUCGACUGGUAAUGCAUCCCCUGAUGGGAUUAUAUAUAACAUUGCCGUUAACUACAAGGAUACCAUUCGUAAAUUAUAAAUGGAAACAAUUCAAGGGUCUUCGAGAUAAACUAUGGAAAUUCCUUUCCAGAGAAGUGCAGAUACACAUGAAAGCAUUCAACUGCGAAGAAUCUCCAGAAAUCACAGAUUUUACAUACGCAUAUCUCUCAGAAAUGAAUCGUAGAAAAAAAGUCGGUGAGCCGAAUGAAUAUUUCAGCGAAUGGCAGUUAACGAUGCUAUUAUUGGAUCUGUUUUUUGCUGGAAUGGAAACAACAGUGACAACAUUAAAAUGGGGAUUCCUUCUUUCAGUAAUUCAUCCUGAGGUGCAAACAAAAGUUCAAAAUGAAUUGGAUGACAUUGGAAGUAGGAUUACUCUUGCUGAUAAACCAAAAUGUUCAUAUACAAUGGCUACCAUUCAUGAAAUCCAGCGUUUCGCUAAUAUUUUGCCCAUCAAUUUAUUGCGAACCGUGGCGGAAGACUUUGUCAUGGGGAAAUAUUAUUAUCCAGCUGGAACACUUUGUAUCCCACAAAUUUCCAUAGCAAUGAAUGACCCCACAAAUUUUGAAAAACCUAAAGAGUUUCGUCCGGAACGUUUUCUGGAAGAUGAUGGAUUCACCCUUAAAAAAUAUGAUGCGUUUUUUCCAUUUUCCAUCGGUAAACGACAAUGCCUGGGUGAAUCAUUAGCGAAAGCCGAACUAUUCCUUAUUUAUGCCAACUUGAUGCGACAUUUUCGUUUCCGGACCGUGCCAAACAAACCUAAUCCCUCAACAAAACGACUCUUCGGUCUGACAACUUCGCCACCUCCAUACAAAUGUCUUGUGGAGAGAAGGAUAGUUUAG